UUUCACUCCAAACAAGUGCAUAUAUCAAAGAACUUACAGAACACCAAGCCAUCUUUCAGGAGUUUCCUCCUUAGCUUCUCGAUCAGGUUUUCUUUUAAUGCAGAGAUCAAAUAUCUUUGGAAGCCAUGAUAUUCUGGGAAGCUGGCUCCCUGCCAGAUAGAUAAGUAAUGAAUCAGUUGAGCUGAAGACUCACAAUGAUGUCAUACGGUUCUCUCUAGGCAAGUCUGAUGAUAUUAAUAAUGCAAAGAAGAGCCAGCUGAACAAAAAAUUUAAAAUGUCUAGAAAGGCUAAACUGAAUGAGCUGAAGUUCUAUCGUUUGAAGGCCAAGAAAAAGAUGAAUUCCCCAAAUCCAGAAGUUAGAAUUAGAUAUAAGCUUGAAAAGGCCAAGCGAAAGGAAACUUGGUUGAUUGAGAAGCUACAGAAAUUUGAUGUACCAAAACCCCCUCCAGAAACAUAUGAUCCUGAAAUUUUAACUGAGGAGGAGAGGCAUUACCUGAAGCGCACUGGUGAGAGAAAAAAACAUUAUGUUCUAGUUGGGAGACGAGGAGUGUUUGGUGGGGUAGUUCUUAAUAUGCAUCUUCACUGGAAAAAUCAUGAAAUGGUAAAGGUUAUCUGCAAGCCUUGCAAACCAGGGCAAGUUCAUGAAUAUGCUGAAGAGCUUGCUCGACUGAGCAAAGGCAUUGUGAUUGACAUCAAGCCCAAUAAUACUAUCAUUUUUUACCGUGGAAAGAACUAUGUAAAACCAUAA